GCUCCCUCCCUUCCUAUGUAUUUGUUGUUGGAUUGUUUCCCCUAACAAGCACUCCACAAUUCGUAAUAGGAUAAUUUCCAUCUGAGGAAAGCCUAUCCCCUCCUUCGUCUUCCUCGAUCUGCAUGAAGGCGAUCUGCCCCCUUCCACCCCCUUGCCUGUAGCAGUCACUGAGGCUGUUAUUUGUAUCACAUGUCCCUAUGGAUCUAAGAGAUGAUUCAUCAACUGUGGGAUCCUCGGAUGCUGCUGCGCACUGAACCUUUCAUUAAAAGGGGGCUGGGAUCUUAAGAAAUUCUGGGCUUAUCGCCUAUUACUGAGCAUCAUCACGUUUACGGAGAUCUCCCUUCCGCGUAGCCAUGGAAGAUAUACUGAAAAAACUGCAAAAAGAUGCAACCGGGAAUAAACACAAAGCUAUUAAGGACAACUGUUCCUUGGCAAUCGAAAUGCUAGAAUCUCCUGAAGGUGUAGCCAGGAUUCCUCCUUACCUGCUAAGGGAAAAAUGCCUUUAUCCCCUCCAACUUGGAUUAGAGUCAAAGAAUAUUAAGCUGGCUCAGCAUGCACUGGCUGGAAUGCAGAAGCUCCUGGCUGACGACAGAUUUGUAUCCGUGGAAACAGACACUGAUGAGCGGCAGCUGCUUAACCAAAUGCUGAACUCGGUUAAAGUGACUCCUUCGCUCCAUGAGGAUCUGCAAGUUGAAGUUAUGAAGGUCUUGCUCUGCAUUACCUAUACGUCAACAUUUGAGCUAAAUGGAAGUGCAGUGCUGAAAAUUGCUGAGUUGUGUUUCGCAUGCCAUAAAACUGGCUCCCUCCGUUUACAUGACAUGAUCCGAGAAUCCAUUACGCAUAUCCUAAUUGCUCUAUGCCAUCGUACUUUUCUUCGCUCUCUGCAGCCACUCGCUUUUCUGGAGAUAUGCAUUGAAACCUAUGUUUCCAGUUUUAAUCAACGUAGUAUAAAUACAGCUGUUAGGGCAACACUUAGUCAGAUGUUAAGUGACUUGACAUUGCAGUUACGUCAAAAGCAAGAGGGCCCGAGGACAGAAAUCCAAGAAGCUAUUCUGGAGUUCAAAAACCAAGACAGUGGUCCAUCUACAGAGUCCCUUUGUGAUGACAUAGUGUCUGUGCUCGUCGUUCUGUGUGACAAGUUACAGGCUGUCAUUAAUGAAAACCAUCAACUGCAGCUGCUGUUCCUUGAGUGUAUACUUUCAAUGCUGAGCAGUUUAUCCCCCACAAUGCACCGCCACAAAGGGUUUAUGGAUCUUAUAUGGAAGCAGUUGUGCCCAGCACUCGUGGUAAUACUUGGCAAUCCUGUCCAUGACAAAACAGUAACAUCUGCACACAACACCGGCACUGACUCUGAUUGUCAGUCAGCUGGAGUAGCUGACCAGGGAAGGGGAUCGGCGUGCUCUUCUACUGCACCUGCACUAAGUGGACCGGUGGCCAGGACAAUCUAUUACAUUGCAGCUGAGUUAGUGCGACUGAUGGGCUCUGUUGAAUCCAUGAGGCCUGUGUUACAGUCACUGUAUCACCGCAUACUACUAUAUGCUCCGCCACAGAACCGUGUAGAGGCAAUCAAAAUAAUGAAGGAGAUACUCAGCAGCCCGCAGAGACUUUUUGAUUUGGCUGGACCAUGUACUUCUGAACCUGAAACAAGGAAACGGUCAAUUUCAAAGAGGAAGUCCCACUUGGAUCUUCUCAAGUUGAUCAUGGAUGGAAUGACCGAGGCUUGUGUGAAAGGAGGCAUUGAAGCUUGUUUUGCAUCAGUGUCUUGCGUUUGUGCUUUGCUUGGAGCAUUAGAUGAACUGAGUCAAGGAAAAGGCCUUAGAGAAGAGCUGGUUCAGCACCUUCUUAGACGUCUUGAGGAGCUUAAAGAUGGUGCGGGGUCUAGCAGAGAGUCCAUGGAGAUUAACGAGGCAGAUUUCAAAUGGCAGAGGCGUAUUCUUUCCUCAGAGCACACUCCAUGGGAGCUAGGGACUGAAAAGAGUCCAGAUAUUAGCAUAAGUGUUACCACUGACACAGGUCAGACAACACUAGAAGGAGACAUGGGACAGACUACUCCAGAGGAUAAUGUUGAAGGCCACGGUAAUAAUUUACCGUCCCCAAUUAAUCGUGAUAAUAGGAAUAAGGAUUCUGACUUGGAAGUUGUAGAUCAGCCUGAUGUCAUUCAAAGAAGUCACGUAACUGUUUAUCCAGAUAUAACAAAUUUUUUGUCUGUUGAUAGUAGGAACCGCUCUUAUGGGUCACGAUACAGUGAGAGUAAUUUUAGUGUUGAUGAUCAAGAUCUUUCUAGGACUGAAUUUGACUCUUGUGAUCAGUAUUCUAUGGCUGCAGAAAAGGAUUCUGGGAGAUCUGAUGUGUCUGACAUCGGCUCAGAUAAUUGUUCUCUAGCCGAUGAGGAUCAGACUCCUCGAGAGUGCCCUGGUCAUAGAUCUUUGCGGACUGCUGCUUUGUCAUUGAAGUUGCUAAAAAACCAAGAGGCGGAUCAGCACAGUGCAAGACUUUUUGUGCAGUCACUUGAAGGCCUCAUUCCCCGUCUUCUGUCACUGCAAAGAAUGGAAGAAGUUGAUUCAGCUUUGCAGAAUUUUGCAUCAACAUUUUGCUCAAGUUUGCAAGCAGGGGUGAUGCAUUCUCCAGGCUUUGAAAACUCCAACAACAUAACUUUCCAGACACUGUUGAAUGCUGACAGCCUUUAUACCCUAUCUUAUUAUGCCCUCCUGCUCAACCUCAAGCUCACCAACAGCGAUUAUUAUAGAAAGAAAUCAGCCUUGGCUGUCGUUUCAUUAAAGGAGUUCAUAAAGCAGGUACAGUCAAGUGGAGUAUCAAUAUUUUUCUCUCAAGCCUGGAUUGAGGAACUUUAUCACCAAAUCUUGGACAGAAACAUGCUUGGAGAGUCAGGAUACUGGGGCAGCCCUGAGGGACAAUGCCUUCCACUCAUUAAUAUGCUUAUAAAUAUAGAUGGCCUUGGGAGCAGUGCUAUUGGUGGGCAACUGUUAGCUUCUGCGUCAACUCAGUCUUCACUGCCUCCUGACAAGAAUAUGGACCCUGCAGCUAUGGCAGGUGUUUCUUUUGCACGCUUUAUUUUAAUUGGCUGCUGGAAGAACCUGAUUGACACUUUGUCUGCCCCUCUUACUGGACGAAUGGCUGGAAGUUCCAAAGGCCUAGCGUUCAUUCUAGGGGAAGGAGUGAAGGAGCAGAACCAAAAGGAGAGAGAGUCUAUCUGCAUGAGUUUGGAUGGUCUCAGGAAAGCUGCCCGACUAAGCUGUGCGUUAGGAGUGGCUGCUAAUUGUGCUUCAGCCCUGGCUCAAAUGGCAGCAGCGUCUUGUGUGCAAGAUGAGAAAGAUGAAAGCCUUGAACACAGUGACACAAUAACGCAAGUGAAACAAAGGGUAGAACAAAAACUGGAGCAGAUGGGUAAACUAGGAGGAUAUCGUCUCCACACUGCCCAUGUCCUAUGUAUGGAUGCAAUCCUUAAUGUUGGCUUGGAGAUGGGAAGCCACAAUCAAGACUGCUGGCCCCAUGUAUUCAGGGUAUGUGAAUACAUCAGUACCUUAGAACACACACAUUUCAGAGAUGGCUCAUCCCAGCCUCCACUGACAAUUACUCAGUCCCAACAUUCCAUGGAUUCACAAGGCGCUGCUGCAGAUGGUUUUCAAGAACUUCACACAGAGGAGGAAGCCUCUUUGAGCAAAAGCCCUGUCAUACAACCUGUCUCAAUCCAGGAACUAAUAAAGGAAGGCAACAAAGGUAGAACUUUUGACUUCCGUGGGACCAGCUUGAUGAGUGGAAGCAGUGCAGCUAAAGCGGUUUGCACCUUAUCCACACAAGCAGAUAAGCUUUUUGAAAGUGCUGCUGACAAGCUCAAUUUGGUUGCACUUAGCGGGUUCCUCUUCCAGUUGAGAAAAGCAUCUCAAGCACAGCUCUUUCAUUUAGUUAGUGACUCGGCCGACUAUUCCCUUGCGAUGCCAGGGGAAAUUAAAUCCACUCAAGACAGGAGAAGUGCACUCCAUCUGUUUCGUCUUGGUGAUGUGAUGCUACGUAUCAUGCGCAGUAAAUCUCGCCCACUUCUUCAUGUUAUGAGAUGCUGGAGCUUAGUGGCUCCCCAUUUUGUUGAGGCAGCUUGUCACAAAGAAAGACACGUUUCCCAGAAGGCCGUGUCUUUCAUACAUGACAUCAUUACUGAGGUCCUGACAGAUUGGGAUGAACCCCCCCACUUCCAUUUUAAUGAGGCACUUUUCAAACCUUUUGAGAGGAUCAUGCAGUUAGAGCUCUGUGAUGAGGAUGUUCAGGAUCAGGUGGUGACAUCAAUUGGAGAGCUGGUGGAAAUGUGCUCCCCACAGAUCCGCUCAGGAUGGAGACCUCUGUUCAGUGCUCUGGAAACCGUACAUAGCAGCAAAUCUGAUGUUAAGGAUUACCUUGUUGGAGAGUACUCCAUGGGGAAAUGCCAGGCGCCAGUGUUUGAUGUCUUUGAAGCGUUCCUCAAUACAGACAACAUUCAAGUCUUUGCCAAUGCUGCCACUGAUUACAUUAUGUGCCUUAUGAAGUUUGUAAAGGGAUUAGGUGAAAUGGAAAGCAAAGAGAUUGGAGACCUUGUGUCUGGAUCUGCUUUAACAUCCACAGAUUUGUGCCUUCCAGCAUUGGAUUACCUGAGAAAGUGCUCGCAGUUACUGGCUAAAAUCUACAAGAUGCCAAUGAAACCUAUUUUUCUGACUGGACGGCUGACUACUUUACCACGCCGUGUUCAAGAACGAUCAGCCAGCAGUGAAGAUGGGAUUGAGGCUGUGCUGUCUGAGUUUGACGACGAUACUGGUCUUAUUGAAGUGUGGCUUAUUCUUUUAGAGCAGCUCACUACAGCUGUGUCUAACUGCCCUCGCCAGCAUCAGCCACCGACACUGGACUUGCUUUUUGAGCUUCUAAGAGAAGUUGCUAAAGUACCCGGCCCAGGAUUUGCAAUCUAUUCAGUUGUGCACCUUCUUUUGCCUGUGAUGACACUGUGGCUAAGUCGCAGUCAUGGUGAUCACGCAUACUGGGAUGCAGCAUCCGCAAACUUCAAACAUGCCAUUGGCUUGUCGUGUGAGCUUGUGGUUGAGCAUAUUCAAAGCUUCAUUAAUUCAGAUAUAGGUUAUGAAAACAUGAUAAACACAAUGCUGAAAGAGCUCUUCAAGUUGCUGGUAGCCUGCGUGGCAGAACCCACUGAAACUAUUUCAAGAGUUGGCUGUUCUUGUAUAAGAUAUGUAUUGGUAACAGCAGGUCCAGUUUUUACAGAAGAGAUGUGGAGACUGGCUUGCUGUGCUUUGCAAGAUGCAUUUUCUGCCACACUGGAGCCUAUGAAGAAUCUCUUGGGUUAUUUCCAUAGUGGCUCUGAAAGCUUUUCUGGAGAUGCUUGUGAGGUAAAGGUAGCUGCUCCAUCUCUGUCCCCCAACGCAGAGGCAGAGUACUGGAGAAUCCGUGCUAUGACACAACAGGUAUUCAUGUUGGAUGCUCAGUGUUCCCCAAAGACUCCAAACAACAGGGAAGGUUUUGAGCAUGCCCAGUCAUGUGUGCUUAUCAUUGAGUUACCGCCGGAAGAGAAACCUAAUGGUCAUAAUCAAAAAAGCAUUCCAUUUAGGACAAUUGUAGUAAGUUUACUGUCGCACCAAGUACUCCUCCAAAACUUGUAUGACAUUCUUCUAGAAGAGUUUGUAAAAGGACCUUCAAAUCAGGAAGAUAAAACUACUCCAGUGCCAGUUGGCUUCCUCCGAUACAUUUCAAUGCAAAAUCUUGCGGUUAUUUUUGACUUGUUGCUGGAUUCAUACAGGACUGCCAGAGAGUUUGAUGCAAGACCUGGUUUAAAGUGUCUGUUGAUGAAAGUUUCUGGGAUUGGAGGAGCUGCAAACCUUUAUCGUCAGUCAGCAAUGAGCUUUAACAUCUACUACCAGGCCUUGAUCUGUGCUCUGCUAACCAACCAAGAUAACAUUACAGCAGAGUUGGUAAAAAAGAUCCUUUUUGAAGACGAGGAGCACAGCACAGAUUCCUCACAGCAGUGUUCUUCAGAGGAUGAAGAUAUUUUUGAAGAAACUGCACAAGUCAGUCCUCCUCGGGGGAAAGAAAAGAGACAAUGGAGAGGUAGAAUCCCAUCUUUAAGUGUGCAGCCAGUUAGCAAUGCUGACUGGGCAUGGUUAGUGAAAAGGCUUCACAAGCUGUGCAUGGAACUUUGUAAUAAUUACAUUCAGAUGCAUCUGGAUUUGGAGAAUAAUGAUGACCCUCCAGGCGUUAAAGGAGAUCCGUUUUUCAUAUUACCAUCAUUUCAAUCUGAAACCUCAACUCCUUCAACUGGUGGACUUUCUGGGAAAGAGACGCCAUCAGAAGAUGACAGGAACCUAAUUAAGGACCAUUCAACAGAUAACACAACACCUAAAAGUUUCAGUGCAGGAGCUUUUGCACAAAGUCCUAAAGCUGAGAAGAGGGACCCAGGCAAGAAGAAGGAAUGGUGGGAAAAUGCUGGUAACAAAAUUUACACCAUAGCUACUGAUAAAACAAUAGCCAAACUGAUGACGGAGUACAAAAAGAGAAAGCAGCAACAUAACCUGACAACAUUUGUCAAGGACUCUAAAUUAGAAAAGAAGGGAGAUAUAUUAUGUUCAAGAGGACAGGAUUCACCAGUGCCACAAAGGCCACAGAACCUUGUAGACCAGUCUCACAUGAGACACUCUUUUAGUGCUGGUCCAGAAAUUCUGAGACAGGAGAAGAGAUCUCGUUCAGGAUCAACUGUUAGUACUUUCAACAUUUCUACACGGGAUGCUGAAGCACAGAUUCAGGCAUGGACAAACAUGGUGUUGACCAUUCUCAAUCAAAUUCAGAUCCUACCUGAUCAGAUGUUCACUGCUUUGCAGCCUGCGGUAUUUCCAUGCAUCAGUCAGCUCACAUGUCAUGUGAACGACAUCCGUGUGAGGCAGGCUGUCAGGGAAUGGUUGGGGAGAGUUGGUAGAAUUUAUGAUAUUAUUUUAUAAACAAAAUAAAAUGUAUACUAGGAAUGUGCAAAUGAGAAAGAUUGCUCCAUAAUUUUUACUGAUUAAGAUUUACUACAUUUUUCUAGGUAAAAGGAGUCGCAUAUGUUUACAAAAUGAUUCAAUUCUAGGUAACUGUUCGUUCACAAUAAACAAGCUACGUUUGUGCAUCCUGAUGUGAAUAUUGACUUGGAAAGUCACCAUAUGUUCUGUUUGAUGAGUAGAAAGAACACAUAACACUUUGUACAACAUCCAGCAUUAGGUCUGGCAUUCAGUACAACCCAUAAGUAACUCCACUUGCUUUAGGUAUUUUUACUUUUGCUUCUACCCCCAUCCAUAAAUCCCAUGCAACGGGAAUGCCUGACUUGGUGCCUAUACAUAUUCUUAAACCUCAUGGAUUUUACAUGUGUAUGGCUCUUCUCAAUCUAAUAUGUCCCAUUUCACU